CGCGGCACAGACACCCACCCUCCCACUCGCGCGCACCCGGGCACAGCCGGCGGGCGGGCGGCAGAGGCAUCCUCGGAGCCCGGCGCCGGGCGCCGAGGGGGCGUGCAGCCGGGAAGCGACCCGGAGGCGCAGGAUGGAGGAGGAGAUGCAGCCGGCAGAGGAGGGGCCCAGCGUCCCCAAAAUCUACAAGCAGCGCGGCCCCUACAGCGUCCUCAAGACGUUCCCCGGCAAGAGGCCCGCGCUGGCCAAGCGCUACGAGCGACCCACCCUGGUGGAGCUGCCACACGUGCGGCCGCCCCCGCCGCCCUUCGCCCCGCACGCCGCGGUCUCCAUCAGCAGCAGCGAGCCGCCGCCGCCGCAGCAGCAGUUCCAGGCGCAGGGAUCUUUCCCCCCCGGGCCCGGCCGGGCCAACGCCGCCGCGUCGUCGUCGUCUCCGUCCGGCACGCCCGCCGCGUCCCAGGGCCACCUGAGGACUACGGCGCCGCCGCCCGCGGCCCCCGCCGCGUCAUCAUCCUCCUCUUUCGCCGCCGUCGUCAGGUACGGGUCGAGCCCGGCGGCCGCCGCGGGCAGCAGCAGCAGCACGGGCGGCGACGGCGCCAGCCUGGAGCUCAGCGCAGAGAGUCGUAUGAUCUUGGACGCUUUUGCUCAACAAUGCAGCCGAGUCCUUAGCCUCUUAAAUUGUGGAGGCAAACUUCUAGACUCCAACCAUUCUCAAUCCAUGAUAUCUUGUGUGAAGCAGGAAGGCUCAAGUUAUACUGAAAGACAGGAACCAUGUCCUGUUGGCAAAGGGGUCCACAGUCAGACCUCAGACAAUUUAGACAUUGAGAUGCAAUAUAUGCAAAGGAAACAACAAACUUCUGCAUUUCUGAGAGUUUUCACUGACUCCCUGCAAAAUUACCUGCUCUCAGGGAGCUUUCCAACUCCAAACACCUCCUCGGUCGGUGAGUACGGCCACCUGGCGGACGUGGACCCCCUGUCGGCAUCCCCCGUGCACACGCUAGGUGGCUGGACCUCCCCAGCAACCUCUGAAUCCCAUGGCCACCCGUCAUCUUCUACGCUGCCUGAGGAGGAAGAAGAGGAGGAAGAGGAAGGCUACUGUCCCCGAUGCCAAGAGCUGGAGCAGGAGGUGAUCUCACUGCAACAAGAAAAUGAAGAGCUCAGAAGAAAGUUAGAGAGCAUCCCAGUGCCCUGCCAGGCCGUGUUAGAUUACCUGAAGACGGUGCUGCAGCAUCAUAACCAGCUGGCGGCCCCGCAGCCCGCCGACCAGCCGGCCGAGGGAAGCAAGCAGCUGUUGAACAACUAUCCUGUCUACAUAACGAGCAAACAGUGGGAUGAGGCUGUAAAUUCUUCCAAGAAAGAUGGGAGGCGGCUCCUUCGAUACCUCAUCAGAUUUGUUUUCACUACCGAUGAGCUUAAGUACUCAUGCGGCCUUGGAAAAAGGAAAAGGUCAGUGCAGUCAGGAGAGACAGGUCCUGAAAGACGCCCUCUGGAUCCAGUUAAAGUAACAUGCCUCCGAGAAUUCAUUAGGAUGCACUGUACCUCCAACCCCGACUGGUGGAUGCCCUCAGAGGAGCAGAUAAACAAGGUAUUCAGCGAUGCUGUGGGUCACGCCCGGCAGGGGCGAGCCGUGGGCACUUUCCUGCACAACGGAGGCUCCUUUUAUGAAGGGAUCGAUCACCAGCCUUCCCAGGAUGAAGUCUUCAAUAAAAAUUCCCAGGAUGGAUCUGGUGAUUAGUGGACAAAAUCUUCCCACACGAGCAGCUGGUCCUCUCGAGUUCCAAUGGUGAAUGUUCUGUUACCAUCACUUUAGAAUCCAAAGCAUGUCACUCUGUCAGACUUUACACAUCCUAAACCUUAACUCUCUUGACCUACUGCCAAACAGUUCCCAAUACAAGCCCAUUUUUGGGUUGUUUGGAAAGUGUAUGAAGCCUGCAGAGAUUUUCAGAAUACUAUAUUAUACAAAGAGAAACCUACACUUGAUUUCAAAUGAUGACUAGUUAGAUGGUGAAGGUGGGAAAAAGAUAGGUGGAUUCUUGGUCGCCUGUCUGACCCCUUCCGGUGAGCUCUGCUUCACGAGCAGGGCUGGUCCCCGUGGAGACCAGUCUGGCGCUCAUGGGAGAAGGUGGAGACACGGCGUUGUCCCGAGCGACAGGGAACAGGCGUUCUCGUUUUAGUUCAGAUAAGUUGUCUUUAUGUUUUUCCAAAGACUUGAAUUUACUUCUCAGCAAAUGCGCAGGAUAGGUGUCAUUGUAUGUUGUGUCUGCAUUGACAGAACCUGUUUCUCAAACAGAAACCAGAGAUCAGAGGUCACCUCUAGACAACGACGACUUGGAAGCUAGCUGUUUCUGUUACUUUUUACCAAAAAAUACAAUUUCUACUGUGUUGAUAAGGAAGGCACUAUAUGAUCUCUGGAGUUUGACAAACAGUAAAAGUUUUCACUGUGUCAAUCAAGAAACAUCCAAAGAUCCCAAACCAUUUUCAAGCGCUCGAUGUUGUAGGUUCAUAGAUGCACAAUUUCCACAGCCUUAAACCAGGCUCUGUUGACACAAUGCCAAAGUGAUGGGCUGAACAACGAGAAUCUCGGCCAGCUAGUCGUUGGGCACGCUGAGGACCAAGCAAACGGUGAGGCUGAUGGUGUCCCGGAACUGCACACACACAGCUUCAAGGCCAUUCGGACAACUAUGCAACGGGCUUGUCAUUUCCCUGAAAUCUGAGGCUCUGUUUGUGCUGAGUGGCCUUCAGAGUUCGCAUAAAUCUUCUUUCUCGUUGUCACCGAUGGGAUGUCUCACCCGGUGGUUGUACUUGCUCCCCCCAUGUUCCCCUGAGUCUCCGGCCUUGGCUGAGUUAGCACUGGCCUUUCCCGCCUACUUUCCCCAGUUUAUUUUGUUGAGCUCAAGUUUGUAGUCAUGUUUGGAACUGUUUCGUGUCAGCAGAUGCUCUAGAGAUGAUAGAAUCUGUUUCUGCUUCAAGCGUGGGUAGGAGGGGCGGCCUCCUUUAUCACCCUAGUCCAGAUAACUGUAUUCUUCAUAAAGCUUAGGGCUAAGUGGGCAGCUUUUAUUAAAGGCUGCUGCUGUUUUAGGCUUCACUGGGAAUGGAGAGGAUAACAUUAGAGCAUUUGUUAAAAAAGUCAUCAUCUCUUUUGAUAGGGAAAUUGAGAGAUGUUAUAUAUGUGGCUACUUCACAGCUGUAGAGCACAUGGGUGAUUUUAUAUUCUGGAUCUUUCUUAGCCCUUCAUUUAGUCAUAAACAUCGACUGUGUAGUCUCUUGUCAGUCAUAAGCACAUUGGCCUUCAUCAGAAUUAUAAGGUGAUAUAUUAAUAUAUUACUUGACCCAGCUUCUCCACGUGUCAGAUAGCAAUAGGAUGGUUAAGUCCAGUAAAUUCUUGUAACGGCAGAUUUUUUCCCCCAAGUCUCGACAACAGUACAAACUUGGGAAUCUGCAAGUUCAUGAUGUCUGCAUUUUCCUGGCACUUUUAAUGGCUUGACCUCCUGGUGUGACCAGAAAACAGAUGGAGUAUCGAGUAGGAAAGGUGCAGUUUUCAGAAAAAUGAAUGAAUCUUGCCCUCAUUUGAAUUCUGUCAUUCAACACGUACUCCGAAACCUGACCCUAAUGCCACAGACUACCUCCUUAGUUUUUCUUAGAUUUCAUUCAUUUUAAGAAAGUCUCAUUCUUGGAUAGCUUCAUUUUAGAAAAGAUUUAAACCUUGCUCAAUCAGUGCUAUGUCAUUUCACCAUACAGAUGCUUGUGAUUUUUGACAGCUCUUCUAUACCAGUUUUUAAAAAUGUAAUAGUGAUUUUCAACAUAUGGUGCAAGUCUUGCUGGUGUGUGUUUAAUGUGGUGACACUUGCCAAAACUGCUUGGCAAAACAUGUCAAAUAGGAUGCUUGAGUCAGAACGCUAGUGUAAAUGUCUCUAAACAGCAGUAUGUAUCAUUAUGAUAUAUUUUUGUAAACAUAGUGAUGGCUUCUUUCAGUCAUGUAAGUACUGGAUAAAAAUAACCACUUCACUUGAAAUAAGGUAGGAAAAUGCCACCCAGCCGAGGGCCCAAUGCAGUUACUUGAAUUAUCAGCCAGUGGUUAGAGGACAGUGAAGAGUUUAAUGUUGGACAACAUGAAGUGCAAAGGUAAUAACUCACCAGUACUUGAGUCCUUAUUAAAAUUCAAAACUGUAAUGAGCAUAUUUACCUGUGAGAGACCACUUUUACCCUCCAUGGUGUAUUCAGUUGCAAAGAACAUUCAGAGGACUUCACUGAUCUAAUCACCAGCUUGGUCAGUAUGGCUUACUGAUAGCCCUAAACUACCGUAUCUUUGUGGUAAAAGAACCAGAUUAAAUUUCCUCAUGACUGUCCACAACUGGCAGUACAAGCACUAGGCUUUCACUGAAUCACAGUUCCCCAGAUUACAGGAAAAAACACAUCUGCCAAGAUGGCUUACUCAAAAGCGUGCUCAUGGUCAGAAUUGCCCCAGCACAAGUAGCCUGGUGGGUCUUGCCUGCGUUGGGAAGCUAUUCAGGCCCACUCAGAACCACUGGCAAUAGCUGUAGGUUCCAGUUCAGAGGCCCUGUGUGCCAGGUGUAUUGCUAAGCACUUUAUGCCUCCUCUCAUUUUAAUCCUCACAGGCACCCCCAGGCUGUUCUUGUUACCCCAUUUUAUUGAGCUUAUUACUCAGCUAGCAAGGGGACAUCUUUGGGUUUAGAAAGUGGAAUGACUCGUUGCGUUUUCUCCAGUUCUCAAAACCCAUCAACACUUUGGGAUAGAUUUGUUUAAUCAAAGUAGUGACUAAAAUGACUUAAUUUGUUCACAUUUCCAUCAUAAGGUUCCCAGUCCAAAAAUGCAGGGAUAUAAAAGCAAAACUUUGAACUCACUGAAGAGAUGUUCUUUGGGAACAGAUAGAUGGUAGACGUGGCACUGGACAUCAGUCAGCCAGCAUUCAUUCACUUUUCACGUUUGUUGUAUUCAUAGCCUUAGAUCUGAUGAGUCUGGUUUGGAAGAGAGGGUUUUAACCAUGAUGUCACUGUGAGAAUUGUCGUGAAGAUUUUGUAGGAAAAUACAGUAAUCUGUUGAUACUCUCCUGUAGUUGUGGCUGUUAACACCUCUGGCUGUGUUUUAAGUUUCAAGAGCUUGCCUCGGCCAUCAGAGCCUGGCUUUGUGUCUAGGGAACAGGGCAUGCCAGGCCACGAGAGGGGUCCUGAAACCUUGGCGGUGGCUGCUCCGGUCCGACCCCGCCCCAUUAAGCAUUGCCUUUGCGUGUGUGUCCUCUCUGGAACUUCUGUAGCAGCCUGACACUGGGGCCAACUUGCCUUUACUCUCUUUUCUAUGAAGAACACGUGUGCAGAAACUGUGACAAAUCCAUUGAUCCUGAUAUUUUUAUUGUUGAAGUCUCGUUGAUUCUCUAUGAAUAAUUUCUAUUUGAUUGUACUGUGUAGAGUUAAUACCCACUAGAGAUACGUUAAUAAAACUAUCAAUGCAUAGUGUAACACAGGAUAGCAAGAUUUUUUGUGAACAAUUUAUAUAGAAGAGUAAGUUGUUUUUUAAGUGUUAGGCACAUUUCUUUUAGGAACUUAAAAUGUUACAAGAGUUUUUUAAACAUUCAAUAUUUUUAAUUAUAAGAAACAUUUGUUACUAGAGCCAGUUAUUUCAGGUGUUCUAAUUGGAGUAUUGAUUUUAUUACCUCAUAUACCUCUAGAAUGCCACAUGUUCUGUUGGAGAUAAAAUUGCACAAUAAAUGUUAAGUUUCUGUUAA